AUGCGGGUGACGGUGAGGCCAGCGGUGGAGCGGCAGCGUUUUAGCUUGUACUGGAAGGAGGUGAUGCAGACCGCGACGGACCUGCUCGAGCCGGUCGAGGUCGAGAUCGACGACGCUGGCACGGUGAAGGACCUCAGGGACGCGGUGGCCAGCAAGCUGGGGUGGCAGCCCGCCGGCGAGCUGCUGCGGCUCGAGGGCUUCACGGAGCCGUGGGAGAAGACGAUCUUCAAGGGCCGCCAGCUGAGCGACGAGACCCCUCUGGCGGAGGCCGGGGUCAAUUCAGGCGACACGGUGUCGCACGCCCGCAUCUGCCUCUACGCCGAGGGCUGGAAGCUCAAGGACAGCCUGGACGACGACGACUCGAGCGACGACGAGGACCUCGACUUCGACAUGUACCUCCACGCGGAGCCGGACGGCAAGUUGCGGCGCCGGGAGCUGUGA